GAGUGAGCAACAUGGCAUCAAGUCACAGAUCAUCCUCACGCAGUGUUAGGAGCACCAAAAGCUCAACGUCAUCAGCAAGUGUGGUGCAUGCCAGAGCCAAAGCUGAAGCUGCAAAAGUAAGAGCAUCAUAUGCUGGUGAUGAAGCAAAACUUAAGUUCGAAAAGGCUGCAAGAGAAGCAGAAAGAAAAACAAGAGAAGCACAAAAUCAACUGGAAGCAAUUCGGAUUGACACCGAAUUAGAAGUAUUAACACUAAAAAGAGAAGCAGAGGCAGCUAUUGUGGAGGCUCAGGUUUUAGAGGAAGCUGCAGCAAUGGAGUUUGUGGUUGAUGAUGAAAAGGAUAAAUCAGAAAAUAUAAAAAUUCAGCGAACAAAGGACUAUGUUCAGUCGCAGAUUGAGUUCAAGAAAUCAUCUUCAAGUUCCUCUUCAAAAGAUCCACAAUCAAAAUCAGCAAGAAAGGCAGAGUCACAAAAUAGCUUUGUAACAUGGGACCCGCCACCAAACCCUUCAUGGUUACAACCCAUUGGUGAAAGACUAAGCUCAAGAAGAGAAGAUAAUGUUGGCUUGCAAACACCAAAUGCAAGUAAGCAAAUCGAAUCAGAAAGACAAUUUAAAGCGGAAAAAACAAAUGCCAUCAUGAAUGUACAUGCUCCAUCAUAUGUACCCCCACAUGAUACCUCUGCCAUGAUGCUGCACCAAGCUGAGCCGCUAGCACAAUACUUGGCACGGCGAGACCUUGUCACCUCUAGCCUUUACCAGUUCGACGACAAACCAGAAAAUUUCCGAGCAUGGCAGUCAUCAUUCAAUAACGCAGCUGCUGAUGUCAAUCUUACAGCUAGUCAGGAGCUAGACCUCAUGAUUAAGUGGCUUGGAAAAGAAUCUGGUGAGCAGAUCAGGCGUGUCCGCUCCGUCUACAUAAACAAUAUUGAUCUGGCCCUGAAAAAGGCAUGGGAAAGAUUAUGCGACUGCUACGCUGCUCCGGAAAUAAUCGAAAAGUCGCUCUUUCAACGACUGGACAGUUUUCCCAAGAUCUCAGCCAAAGAUAACACUAAAUUACGUGAACUGGGAGAUCUUCUCAUGGAAAUCCAAGGAGCUAAAGAGGAUGGAUACCUGACUGGCUUGUCAUAUUUGGACACAUCGCGUGGAAUCGCACCAAUUGUGGAUAAACUUCCAUAUGGACUGCAGGAAAAAUGGAUGUCUUCAGGAUCAUCGUACAAAGCAGAAAACAAUGGUCGCUUUCCCCCCUUUGUUUUUUUUUGUGACUUCAUCUGUCACGAAGCAAAAAAGAGAAAUGAUCCUAGCUUUAUGUAUCAAGGCAUAACACCAAGCACUAAACCUGAGAAAUGGUUUGUAAAGAAUUUCAAUCCAAACAAACCCAUUACAGUCCAUAAAACAGAUGUCUCUUCUGCCAGCAUAGAUCUCAAUAAGAACUGCCCUCUGCAUGACAAGCCACACCCUCUCAAAAAAUGCAGAACAUUUAGGAAAAAACUCAUUGGUGACAGAAUAGCCUUCCUCAAGGAGAAACGAAUAUGCUUCAAAUGUUGCUCCUCAACCUCCCACCUUGCCAGAGACUGCAAAAUGUCUGUGAAAUGCUCUGAAUGUGGAAGCAACAAUCAUGAUGUAGCCAUGCAUCCUGGACAAGUACUUCAAAAUGCCAAGAUCUCUCCACCACCGCAAGAGAACGGCGGGGAGGAAGAACAGUCUAACAUGUAUGAUGUUAGCACCAGUUGCACAGAAGUUUGUGGUUCAGGUCAAUGGGGUCGCUCAUGUUCCAAGAUCUGUCUUGCUAAGAUUUUCCACAAAAGCAAUAAGAUGAAAACUGUCAAAGCUUAUGUAAUUAUUGAUGAUCAAAGCAACCGAUCUCUGGCUCGGCCAGAGUUUUUUGACCAGUUUUGUGUAGAAAGUGAGCCAUUCCCUUACCACCUUACAACUUGCUCUGGAACGGUGAAGACGUAUGGCAAGCAGGCAGAAGGGUUCCAAAUUGAGUCACUGGAUGGCAAAACUCUAAUUUCUCUUCCACCUCUCCUGGAGUGUCAAUCCAUCCCAAACAACCGGGCUGAAAUCCCAACCCCAGACUCAGUUCUGCAUCAACCACAUCUCCAGCACAUUUCCCAGUGUAUUCCAGAAUUAGAUCCAAAAGCAGAAAUACUCCUGUUGCUUGGAAGAGAUGUACUUAGAGUACAUAAAGUCAGAGAGCAGAUCAAUGGACCAAACAAUGCCCCCUUUGCUCAGCGUCUGGAUUUGGGUUGGACAGUGAUUGGUGAGGUCUGCUUAGGCAAAGCACAUAAACCCACAGUCAAUACGUUCAAGACCAGCAUAUGGCAGACCAAUCGCCAUUCAAUCUUUGAACCCUGCUCCAGCUCAAUGUGUAUAAAAGAAACGGAAGAAGAUUUCAACAGACCUGGCAAAUCACCAGAGAAGAUGCUAGGACACUCUGUCUUCAGUUGCACAGAUCAUGACAAUAAACUCGCUCUGUCAAGGGAAGAUGCACUCUUUUUAAAGAUCAUGGACACAGCUGUAUACAGGGAUGACGCCAACAAUUGGGUUGCACCACUCCCAUUUAAAGAACCACGUCAGCGACUUCCAAAUAACAAACAGCUGGCUGUUAAUCGAUUUACCUCUCUCCAGCAAACGUUAAAAAGGAAGCCUGUGAUACAAGAACAUUACAUUUAGCGUUCAUGGGAAAAAUAUUAGCCAAUGGUCAUGCUGAGGUAGCUCCACCUCUGAACCAGAAUGAAGAAUGCUGGUACUUACCAUCUUUCGGCGUAUACCAUCCACAAAAGCCAGACCAAAUCAGAGUUGUGUUUGACUCCAGCGCCAAACAUUGUGGAAUCUCUCUCAAUGAUGUGCUCCUCACAGGACCCGACCUUAACAACUCUCUUCUUGGUGUCCUUCUACGUUUUCGGAAAGAAAAAAUUGCUAUCCUUGCAGACGUUCAACAAAUGUUCCACUGUUUCUUAGUGCAUAAAGACCACCGCAACUUCCUCCGCUUUUUGUGGUACAAGAACAAUGAUCUCAGAGAGCCUGUCAUUGAGUACCGGAUGAAAGUCCACGUCUUUGGCAACACACCAUCACCUGCAGUUGCUAUCUACGGGCUGCGGAGGGCCAUCAGAGAAAGUGCUCAGAAACAUGGUGAUGACACAGUCCUGUUUGUUGAAAGACACUUUUACAUGGAUGACGGUUUAAUAUCUGUCUCCUCAGAAGCAGGAGCCAUCAACCUUCUCCAACGAACACAGACUUCACUCGCAGAAUCCAACCUUCGAUUGCACAAGUUUGUGUCAAAUUCCAAGGCAGUCACGGAAGCAUUCUCCCCUGAUGACUGUGCUGCUGUAGUCAAAGAGCUAGAUCUAAGUGGAGAGGAAGUACCCAUGCAAAGAAGUUUGGGACUGCUCUGGGAAAUCCAAACAGACACCUUCACCUACGCUGUAUCAAACAUGAGAAAACCAUACACUCGCCGUGGAAUUCUUUCCACUGUGAACAGUGUCUUUGACCCCCUGGGCUUGUUGGCACCCGUCACCAUCCAGGGAAGAGCCCUUCUCAGAGAACUUACAAUGCAGCUGUCAGAUUGGGAUACGCCACUUUCAGACGAUAAGUUCAGGAUCUGGGAGAGUUGGAGAGACUCCCUUCAAGAUUUAAGAGAGAUUCAUGUUCCACGGGCAUAUACAUCUUCCUCAAUGGAAGCAGUGCACACAGAAUUGCAUGUCUUUUCAGACGCCUCAAACAAAGCUAUUGGCGCCGUGGCUUACCUAAAGACUGUUCAGGAAGGUGGAAAAGCUGAGGUGGGAUUUGUAAUGGGCAAGGCUAAGCUAGCUCCUCAGUCAGAGCCAACCAUCCCUAGGCUUGAGCUCUGUGGUGCUGUUCUCGCAGUUGAAAUGGCAGAUCUUAUCCAGGAUGAGCUUGAUCUAAAGUUUGAUGCUGUUCAGUUUUACACAGACAGCAAAGUCGUCCUUGGAUAUAUUUGUAAUGAGACAAAGCGUUUUUAUACGUAUGUCCAUAAUAGAGUCCAACGUAUACGCCAGUCUUCAACUCCAGAGCAGUGGAAUUAUGUUCGCACAGAGGAGAACCCUGCAGACCACGCAUCAAGAUCCUUAUCAGCAUCUCGCCUUUCCCAAACAUCUUGGUUUACUGGUCCUUCCUUCCUGCAUAAGACAUCAACAGCCACAACACAAUCUACAGGGAGGUUUCAGCUUGUUGAACCUGAGAAAGACUCUGAGAUCCGUCAACAAGUGCAAACAUGUGCUACUUACGUUGAAGAAACAAUGUUUAAUGUUGAUCGUUUCAACCGCUUCUCCACUUUUGCUUCCAUUGUUAGAGGACUUGCCUUCCUCAUCCACAUGGCACGAGCCCACAAACAGUCAAACCCAAAAAGCAAGUGCAGUGGAUGGCACAAAUGCCAUCUACCUCGCACUGCUGAUGAAAUGGCUCAAGCAAGAGAUGUUGUAUUGAAAGCGGUUCAGAAGACAGCCUUCUCAAAGGAGUUAUCGGCGCUGCAAUCCAACCAAGCAAUGGCUAAAAACAGCCCCUUACAAAAACUAAGUCCAACCUUGGAUGGUGGAUUGUUAUGUGUUGGAGGUAGACUCAAUAAUUCUGAACUGACAUCUGUGGAAAAGAACCCAAUAAUCCUUCCUAAGGACAGCCACAUCUCUCUGCUACUCACACGGCAUUACCAUGUUCAGGUGAAACAUCAAGGCCGUCAUCUGACAGAAGGAGCAAUCAGAGCUGCAGGCCUAUGGAUUCUGGGAGGAAAAGCACUAAUUAAUUCAGUUAUCCACAAGUGCGUGACCUGUCGCAGGCUGCGAAGGAAACCAGAGGAACAAUGCAUGGCUGACUUACCUUCAGAGCGCCUUACAGCUUGUCCUCCAUUUACAUACGUGGGACUUGAUGUCUUUGGGCCCUGGUCUGUCACAGCUAGACGUACCAGAGGUGGGCAAGCAGAGAGUAAGCGAUGGGCCAUUAUGUUCAGCUGUCUUAGUUCGAGGGCUGUUCAUAUUGAAGUGAUUGAGUCAAUGGACUCCUCCAGCUGCAUAAAUGCUCUUAGACGCUUCUUUGCACUCAGAGGCCCUGCAAAGCAACUCCAGUCCGAUUGUGGUACAAACUUCAUUGGAGCAUGUAAAGAGCUUGGCAUGGACAAAACUGUGCAGAAGUACCUGAGUGAACAGGGAUGCAGCUGGAAGUUUAACCCGCCACGUGCAUCACACAUGGGAGGCUGCUGGGAGCGCAUGAUUGGCGUUGCCAGGAAGAUUCUUGACUCUAUGUUACUACAGCAAAAGAGUAAUCUAACUCAUGAAGUGCUUUGCACAUUUAUGGCAGAAGUAACCGCCAUUAUGAAUGCUCGACCACUCUUACCUGUAUCAGCAGAUCCACAGCAACCUUUUAUCCUCUCACCAUCAAUGCUCCUUACACAGAAGUCAGGAGUCCCCCCUCCUCCUGGAGACUUUAACAACAAGGACCUUUACACAAACCAGUGGAGACGGGUGCAGGCCCUUGCAAAUCAGUUUUGGAGCAGAUGGAGCCGAGAAUACUUACCCACUCUGCAAAGCAGACAAAAAUGGACAACACCACGUAGGAAUCUUCAAGUUGGAGACUUAGUCCUGCUCCGAGAUAAGCAAACUGUUCGGAACUGCUGGCCAAUGGCUAGAAUUACUGCUACGUUUCCUGGACAAGAUGACCUUGUACGGAAGGUCGAAGUGACAACAGUUGAUCAGGGAACCCCAAAGACUUUUCAGAGGCCUGUCACAGAAGUUGUUCUGCUUCUCCCUACAGACUGAUGUUUAGAUUUCAUUACAGUUAUAGUGACCUCACAGAGGCCAGACGGGGAGUGUAAAGUUUAAAAUUAUUUAAAGCAAAGAGUUUAUAUUAAACUGAAAUGUAAGUUUUCCUAGAUAAAAAGUUUAUUUUGAAAGAGCCUUUAGUUUACAUCAUUUCCUGUUAAAAUCUUUCGGUCUCUUCUUGGCUCUUCCCGCAAGCAUGACAGACUCUUGUGAGCUUAAUCCAUGAUCAUCCACUGUCAUCAUCAUUGAGGCAAUGCUUUUUCACCGAAAGUUGUUGAAGAACUGUGGAAGUAAAUGGUAAAUCUUACGACGACUUUCUCUUCAUUCAACGUGGUUUAGCUGGAUGUUUAGUAAGCAGUUUUGACACGCUGAACAAGAACAUUACAAAACUCAAGGCACUUCAUGCUCAAGUUUCUUUUUUAAAACAGAGAACCAACUGAAAGCAAACUAAAGAAAACUCUAAAAUAGCAUUUGUAAAGAUAGAAACCUAUAAGCAAGGCAGUUGGAUGCAGUUUCUUUUGGCUGAGGAUUGUUCCUCAAACAGCAGCAGAAAGUCAAGUUUGGCAUUAGAUCUUAUCUGGAACUCAUAACAAAACCACAGGCUGUAUAAAAUGGACUGACAGUGUGUGGUGGGACCUUUUGGUUUGUUCAGACUCAUCUGCAGCCAAAAUUUUAUUUUCAGCUCUAUAAUUUUUGGCCAGAAAUGUCAUCAACAAACUCGUACUUUUUCUUAAAUUGGUUUAAAAAAGUAUGGAAACACCUGUCAAUUGGUACAUUCCCGAUAAAAUUGUUCUGAAGGUCCCGGCUCCACAGUCAUGUCUACCUUAAAAUUGAAAAAACAUGACAUGAUUCAUAAUAUUUCAACCUCCUAAAAUAUAAAUCUAACCACAGAGG